GGCUGGCAGGGAGGCAGCGCAGGGGACACGGCGGGCAUGGGAAGCCUCUGCCACCAGCAGCCCCCCGCAGCCGCCCCCCAGCGCUGCCUGAGGAGGGCAGGGGACGGCGCGGCGCUGCCGGGGACCCCGCUGCUGCUCGUCCUCCUCUUCCUCGCCGCCUCGAUGUCUGCUUGCAAAGGUGCACCGAUGCCAUCCCAAGCAGUCAAGGCAGAUCAGGAUUUGCAGCUGUGGAAAGAGAUAGAUGAUGCAUGUUCUGCCUACCUGUCCACAGAUUCUCAGCCUCAGGUGAGUCAGAUAGAGGCAUCCAGUGUGCUGGAAGAACUUUGUUUUCUGGUCAUGAGAUUUCUCCAGAAACUACAGGGUUUAGAUGAAAAAGACAACACCAAAAGGUUCUUAUUUCAUUAUUCUAAGACUCAUGACUCAGGCAACUCAGACAUCAUGUCGUCUGUCCUGCAUCCUUUGCUGCAACUUGUUCCCCAGCUUAAUGAGAGAAGACUGAAGAGAUACAAAGUGGACGAAGAGCUUCAAGGACCUGGAGGGAUUCAAAGUAGAGGCUACUUUUUCUACAGGCCACGCAAUGGAAGGAGAUCAGUGGAUUUUCACUAAGGAGGAUUUUAGAUUCCUGACCUAGAACUAAUGCUGCAGGAAUGCUGAGUACAUGGACACACUGUUUUCCUUAUAAAAAUUCUUCAUUACUAACGUACAAUUAAAAAUCACUAGAAUGUAAAUGUUCUUAAGUUAGAUUCCAUUAAGGAUUCAAAUGUUUCUUUACUUUGUUGAUGAUAUUAAAAGCAUAUUACAAUUAUGUGUUUCCUAGUGUUAUGGUGCUUACAACUGUCUGUAAUGCAACUGUAAAAGUCAGCAUGUGCAUCCAGCACACAUUGCCUCUAACGCCACUGUUAUGUACAUUUAUAUUUUCCCUUAUAAAUAAAGGCACUC